CCAACUCCGGAAAAAAAAACAACAUUUUUACCUUCUUUUUCGCUUUACCCAAAAUGCUUGAGUACGUUUGAGUGACCAUGGACCGCGUUUGCUGUCAUGUAAUAAUACAAUAAUAUAGCGAGGAAAAGGGGGGCUAAAGGGAACUUUUAGCGGAAUAAAAGGAUUUACCGUUCAAAACAUGGCUGUAAGGGAAGAAGGAGAGGUUUUGCACGGUAGAAUCAAGCACCACGAUGGGGUUGGCAAUGCAAACACCACGGAGAGCUUUAGGAACGGCUAUGUGAAGAGCUGCGUCACCCCUUUGAAAGAAGACCACCAAAGGGGCUUUUUAUUUAGCGUAUGCCGGUUUUGCAAUGCGGAUUUAACAGGUUCCAAACGAUUUCGAGCCUCGGCUCUUUCCUUUGGUGCAUUUGCAGUUUUUGCAGUUUCUAUACUGGUUUCCAGAAGCCUGCAAAGUGGACUGAGCUCUUUGCUGCUUCUGCGGACUUUGCAGUCAUUUUUGCUGGGUUUUUCACAAUCACUUAGCCCCCUGUUCAGCAUAGGCUGUGUUUUCUUUUUUUUAACCUUUUAUUUGAGGAGGAACAAGAGGGAAAGUUCUAAACCCUGGCUGGUCUCGCUGCCAGCAUCAUGCUACUUGGGGGAUUUCUUGGUUUUGCAGUUUUUGCAAUGGGAGGACAAUCAGCACCAGAUGCUAAUGGUGGGCAGGCUGCUCUUUGUGCUGGGCUGUGUGGGCUUACUGACACUGAUCCCCACUUUGAAACUCAAACACAGUGUUUUGAUUUUGAUUUUUGCCAGUCUGGUGUGGCUCGUUUCCUUCACCAGCCUUGGCUGUUUGUCUCCCUCAAUGAGACCCCUUUUGGCAUGCCUAUCGGGGGUAUCUGGCUCUUGCCUGGCGCUGUAUUUUGAUAAUUAUUUUCCAACAAGAGAAGCUUCACACAGGAUCUCCAGCGUAGAGGAAAAGGUGCCUGUGAUCAGACCCCGGAGAAGGUCCAGUUGUGUUUCUUUGGGAGAAACUUCUACAAGUUAUUAUGGCAGUUGUAAAAUGCCCAGGAGACCGUCUUUGCCUUGCAUUUCCAGGGAACAGAUGAUUCUUUGGGACUGGGACCUGAAGCAGUGGUACAAGCCACAGUAUCAGGGUGCUGGGGGUGGAAAUGGAGUGGACCUCUCUGUUAUAAAUGAAGCCCGCAACCUGGUGUCUGACUUGCUGAUUGAUUCCUCUCUCCCUCCGCAAGUCAUAUCCUCACUGCGCAGUAUUAGCAGCCUGAUGGGGGCCUUUUCAGGCUCCUGCAGGCCACGGGUAAACCCAUUCACCCCCUUCCCUGGCUUCUAUCCCUGCACUGAAAUGGAGGACCCAUCAGAGAAGGGAGAAAGGAAGCCUUACAAGGGAAUGACUAGCAGGAGCAGCUUACCCACCCCACAGCUAAGGAGGAGUUCAGGGGCUUCUAGCCUGCCACCACUGGAGUCUUCAUCUUCUAGAUGGGAGCGCAACAAUGGAAAGAGACCUCACCAGGAAUUCACUACGGCAAGCCAAGGGUUGCAACCAAAUGGACCUUCGAACCUGCUGACGAUCCCUAAACAGAGGUCUUCAUCUGUAACAUUAACACAUCACAUUGGAUCCAGACGGGCUGGCACGUCUCCGAGUCUGAGUCCUGUAAGCUCACCUAGCCAUGGCCCAGUAGUCGGCGGUUCUCAGGUGACCCGCUCUCCAGUGGAGUUUCCAGACACUGCUGAUUUCCUCACUAAACCAAGCGUCAAUCUUCAUAAACCUUUAGGAUACACUCUGGGUUCCACAGAAUUCCAGCCACAGUUCAGAACUUCUGGCACUUUUCACUGCACUAGUUGUGGACGUCAGAUGCUGAAAACGAUUCAGAGUGUGGAGUCUGGGGAGAGUAAUUUACAGUCUGGUACAGAAUUUCUGCAUAGCCGAUCAGGUGAAGGUGUUGAAAGCACAAGUGGUAACAGACUAUUCAGGGAAUCGGAUAAGAAAGAAGAAACACCAAGUGAACAAUACUCAUACACGAGAGAAUGCAGCAGCAGAGGCAAAGACGAUCCAGAACAGCAUCCAGAGCCGGCACUGAAUAAUAAAGAGACUGAGGACUUUUCAUUAGAUCCGAUAUUGGAAGAUCUGGAAGACCUGAUGGAAAGUGUCAACAAUUGGAAUUUCCCCAUUUUCAAUCUGGUGGAGAAGACUGGGGGAAAAUCAGGAAGAAUACUCAGUGUGGUCAGUUACACCUUGUUUCAGGAUGCAGGUUUAUUUGAAAUCUUUAAAAUACCAACCCGAGAAUUCAUGGCCUACUUCACUGCACUAGAGAAUGGCUACCGGGAUAUCCCUUAUCAUAAUCGCGUCCAUGCCACGGAUGUGCUUCAUGCUGUUUGGUACCUGACAACACGACCAGUCCCUGGAUUCCAGCAAAUACACAAUGACCACGUCAAUGGGAGUGACACAGACUCGGACAGUGGGAUUUCCCCGGGCAGAGUGGCCUAUGCAUCCUCUAAAACCUGCCCAAUACAAGAUGAUAGCUAUGGCUGUCUGGCUUGGAACAUCCCUGCCUUGGAGCUGAUGGCACUGUAUGUAGCAGCAGCCAUGCACGAUUAUGAUCAUCCUGGGCGUACAAAUGCAUUUCUUGUAGCCACUAAUGCCCCGCAGGCUGUGCUGUACAAUGACCGCUCAGUCCUGGAGAACCACCACGCAGCCUCCGCGUGGAAUCUCUUCUUGUCCCUGCCAGAGUUCAACUUUCUGUCUAGCCUGGAUCACGUCGAGUUUAAACGCUUUCGUUUCUUGGUGAUUGAAGCCAUUUUAGCCACAGAUUUGAAGAAACAUUUUGAUUUUCUUGCAGAGUUUAAUGCCAAGGUUAAUGAUGUGAACAGCCCAGGAAUAGACUGGACUAAUGAAAAUGAUCGUCUCUUAGUUUGCCAAGUGUGCAUUAAGCUGGCAGACAUCAAUGGCCCAGCGAAAGCCCGUGAGCUGCACUUAAAAUGGACAGAAGGCAUUGUCAAUGAAUUUUAUGAACAGGGAGAUGAAGAGUCUAAUCUUGGUUUACCAAUCAGCCCGUUUAUGGACCGGUCUUCACCUCAACUGGCAAAGCUGCAGGAGUCCUUCAUCACACAUAUUGUUGGUCCGCUGUGUAACUCGUAUGAUGCAGCCGGUUUGCUUCCAGGCCGCUGGAUAGAAGAGGAUGAGGAGGUGCCGGAGUGUGCUGAGGAAGAUGAAGAUGGAGAUGAAAUAGAAACAGAAGAUGAUGACAUGGAAGAGGACAUCACACCAAAAAGGAGAAAGAGCAGGCGACGGAUGUUCUGCAACAUCAUGCACCACUUGACGGAAAAUCACAAAGUGUGGAAGAAGGUUAUCGAAGAGGAAGAGAAGAGCAAGUCUGAACUGAAUAAACAGCAAUCUGAGAACUCAUCUUUACCUCAAACAUCAGAUGACAUCCAGGUAAUUGAGGAGGAGGCAGAGGAGGAUGAGGAGAGACAGCAGGCGGAGGAGAAAAAGUGACUCUAACACAGUCCUGCUGGAACUCAAAGGACACUGUGCUGUGCUGACACCAGAGACACAUUUCAUGUUACGUAGAAAAGGCCUUAAUACUGUGAGAGGAUUCUCGUGAAUUAAGCGGGAACCCCACUCCUAUGCACUUUCACCCAUGGAAAUAAAAUAAUAAUAAUAAUAAUUACAAAAAAAGCAUACUUAAUGAAAAUAAAUAAACAACAAGCUUGUAUAACAUGAAGUAAGGGCCUCACUGCCUUCCGUGUUGUAAAGUUAGAUAGCUGUGAUGCUGCCUUGUUGAACACAGAAUGCUUACUUUCCAUGAGGUACUUUAGAGAUAUAAAA